AUGGCCGACCAUGAGAAGGAGGGGAUCAGAUUGCGUGGUGAGAGAUCAGCGGGCUCCAGGAGCACUCGCCAAAAAUCUCAGGAUGCGCUCGGCGCCGAUGCAGAUCGAGCCGAGCGAGGCUUCCUGUCCAACCUUGUCGUUUCGGCCUAUCUGCGGAGGCCACUUCUAUCAAUCUCGCUGUCCUAUCCCGCCAUCUUUGCUCUUGGCUUCGGGUGCUCGCUGUCCUACUACGGCUAUUUGAGGCCGGAGCAGUUGCCGGAUCCCCUCCGCGAGCGAGCAAGAGUCGCUAGCAACACUUUCUUCAGGGCCUUUGAUGAGAUGAUGUCAUCAGACACAGUUGACAGCCUGCUCCGCACGACUUCGCGGAUGAAGGAAGUACUCGAUCUUCAAGCACUUUCGAACGCAACAUUGGGCUUCACCGACAUCGUCAAGAAUCGCACGUCCCUGGGAGUCAAGGACUACCUUCCUGACUGGCAGGUGCCUGCCAUCAGCCAAGUCUUGGGCAAGAGUGAGCGCGUUGGCAUCCGAAUGGCCCGUGAAGGCAAAGUUGCCAAGCAUCCCGUCAUAAUGGUUCCUGGGAUCAUCACGACUGGCUUGGAACUUUGGGAUGGAGAGGACUGCAUCAAGAAUUAUUUCAGGCAGAGGAUUUGGGGCACCACGACCAUGCUGCAAGCUAUGGUCCGUGAUCCAGACUGCUGGGUUCGGCACAUGUCCCUCAACACAACUACUGGCCUCGAUCCACUGCAGCAGCCGCACUUUAACCGCACGAUCCGUGUUCGCCCAUCUCAGGGCUUUGAGAGUGCUGACUUCUUCAUUGGCGGAUACUGGCUGUGGGGUCUCAUGAUUGAAUCUCUUGCAGAUGUUGGAUAUGACCAAAACUCAAUGUACAUGGCUUCUUAUGAUUGGCGUUUGUCCUUCGAAGACAUGGAGCGGAGAGAUUGGUACUUCACCAAGCUGAUGCAGCAGAUCGAAACCCUCGUCAAGAUGAACCGCGAGAAGGCAGCGAUUGUGGCGCACUCUAUGGGAGGAAACCUGUUUCACUACUUCAUGCAAUGGGUCACGCAUAACGUACAUCCCAACUGGGUGCACAAUCAUGUUCACUCGGUAAUCCUGAUUUCAUCUCCACUGCUGGGCCUGCCAAAAGCGUACUUCUCGCUCCUUACAGGUGACAACAGAGACUUUGCUACCAUGGGCACCUUCAGUGCUGUUGUCAACCAUUACUUUGGUAGCAAGACGCGUCGGAGUCUUUGGAGAAGCUGCUCAUCCUUAUCGAUGAUCAUGCCGAUUGGUGGAAAUGCAGUCUGGGGGCAGCAGGUCACGGGCAUGCCAUUGGUGCAAGUACAGGGCAAGAACCUAACGGUUGAAGAAGCAUAUGAUUUGCUUGCCAGUGCUGGGCACGUUCCACGGGAUUUGCAGCGGAUUGAGGCCUGGCUCUUGCAGGGAAUUCGUGCUUCAACACCGAUUGAAGCACGGGCAGAACACCAGAGAAAAGACACAACCUGGGGCAAUGCGCUGGCAACCGUCCUGCCCUUUGCGCCUCAGAUGAAGAUGUAUGCAUUAUACGGUGUGGGAGUCUCUACCGAGUACACGGGAGCUUUGGAAGCAUCUGGUGAUGAUGUCCAACGUCCUAAAUACGGUAUUGAUAGGGAGGCUCACGCGCCGAAUGCAGGCUUCUUGCUUGGAGACGGUGACUACUCCUGCCCUGUUCUUUCAUUGGGGUUCAUGUGCACAAAGGGCUGGAGAAACGAAGCGAGGAACCCUGCAAGGAUACCAUGCACAGUGCGAGAGUACAAAGACAAGCCUGGGCCCAAAGGUGUAAUGUCCGGAAGCCUGCGUGGCGGACCCAGCUCGGGAGAUCAUGUCGACAUCUUGGGGAACGAGGAGCUGUUGGAAGAUCUGAUCUCAUUGGUAGUCGGCGGAAGGCUUGGUACACGCGUCGUCUCAGACUUGGCAGAAACUGCCGCACGCUGGAACGAUGGCUGA